GGCCAGGUGGAUUGCUUUUCUGUCGCCCGGGGGACAGAUGGGCCACUGUGUCCGCCCUAAUCCUCUCCGAGCUCAGCAACUUUGGCUCGCCGCACGCCCUGGCCGGUCCGUCCAGUGUGUUUCCAUAUGGAAGCAUCGGAAGCCCCGUAUGACUUCCAAGAGUGAAGAUACGCAACAGCAAAUCAUCAGGGAGACUUUCCAUUUGGUGUCUAAGCGAGAUGAGAAUGUUUGUAAUUUCCUAGAAGGAGGAUUAUUAAUUGGAGGAUCUGACAACAAACUGAUUUAUAGACAUUAUGCAACACUAUAUUUUGUCUUCUGUGUGGAUUCCUCAGAAAGUGAGCUUGGCAUUUUAGAUCUAAUUCAAGUAUUUGUGGAAACAUUAGACAAAUGUUUUGAAAAUGUCUGUGAACUGGAUUUAAUAUUCCAUGUAGACAAGGUUCACAAUAUUCUUGCAGAAAUGGUGAUGGGAGGAAUGGUAUUGGAGACCAACAUGAAUGAGAUUGUUACACAAAUUGAUGCCCAAAAUAAACUGGAGAAAUCUGAGCAAAUAGUUUACACUGGCCUAUUUUGUAUCAGUCAAGAUUUUUCUCAGGUAACAACAGCUUUAUUAUUAUUAUUAUUUAAUUAAAAGAGGUAGGAUUACAGAAGAAAAAUGUGAAUUAUGAAAAGGGACUUUAAAACUACCUCUUCUAAUUUCAUGGAUAUUGUCUUUUUCAUAUAUGUAAUUGAGCAAAGGAGAAGGUUUUGUUUGUUUGUUUUGUGUAAAACAGUGCCACUGAACUCAGAUAUAUUUGUUGGCUUUGCUGUUUAUAUAGUCUGAAUUUUUAAAAACAAUGAAAUCUUAUUGCUGUAUGUUAAAUCUUGACAGUGAAGCCUAUUAAUAUAACUCAAAACAUUAUAUAUGUAUUUUUCUUUCAUUUUUAAGUGUAGUUUCUAACAAAUUAUUUGACAAAUUAUAAAUGUUCCUACUAGAGGAAGCCAAAGCACUAAAGAUGAUAACUGGAAAUUUGAAAUUCAUUUCUUUAUAUAUACUGUUUUUUUCUCCAAGUUUGUGUGGUUGAAACUCAGCAUAUAUUGUUGAGUCUAAUUCAGAGGACAAAGCAUGUUUAAUCACUAGAUUUCCACUAAUGGCUUGCUUGGGAGAGUCUCCAUGCAGUUUCAGCUUUGGGCAGAAUUACUCUUUUUGGACUAAGGCUUCCCUAAAGGUGUAAUGUUUUUUUUAAAUGUUUUAGAGUUUGGAAGAGUCCCAGCAGUAUUAAGGCCAAUUUCAUUGUUUUGAAAUGUAAGGGCUUAGCCCUGAAUGAAGAAGCUAAAUAAUUACUAGUGCUUUUAUUUCACAAUGAUAAUUGUGAUAAUUGAUGAUAAUUUCCAUUUUAAAAUAAAAACAAACCUGUCAUGAUUGUUUCAAAAGAUGUUUAAUAAGGAAACUAAUAUAAAUCACUCCUCAAAACUCAUGUCUGUUAAAUUGUAGCUAAAAUUUAGCUCUUAUUUGAACAUUGUGUGUGGUAUCUGGGUAGCACACAUAACUCGUACUUAAAUCUUUCUUUACAUUGUUAUUGCAUGUAUUCACUGUAUUUUCUAAUGUGUCAACUGUUUUCUCUUUAGAUUAGUAUUUCAAAGUAAUCAUCUCAUACUGACUCAAACUACCAUCUGGUCUCUAAGCUUGUUAUGUGCAAACCUUUUAUCAUUGUCUUCCGUUGCUAAGUUUGUUUGUAAUGAGCUACACCUGAGUUGUACAUUUUCUUUUUCUUUUAUUUGCUUCUGU